CCGCUUGAAGAGCAAAUGAGAAAAACACACAAGCAGUCAACCAAGGGUGUUAGAUUAUUUUGCGGAACUCUAGUAACUGUAUUUGACUACAGCUCUUGCAAACACGUUACCAGCACUACCCAGGAAUGUUCACAUAUUACCGUGCAAAUAGAGGAUAUUAUAGACAAUAGUAAAGACAUCACACAAGAAAAAAUAAACCGAAUAGCCUUAGAAACAAUGGGAAAGAUUGAUACUAAAGCUACUAAUCUUGAAAAAGCUAUCGUCAAUGGUCAGAUGAAAACGAAACGAAUUGACAAACAAACGAUGCCAUGUAGAAGAUGUGAAUUAUCUGGAUUGGACGGAAUUUGUUACCAAAAAAUGAUGAUCUUGGAGCCCCCAUCUAUAUUGGUACUGCAUAUCGACAGAAGAGAAAAUAUUAAUGGCAAAUUUACCAAAAGCAAUCACAUUGUCACAUAUCCAGAAAGAUUAAAUGUCGAACCAUUUUGCAGUAUUUUAUUAAAGGAAACGGAAGCAGAUCAAGAAGUUAGUUACAAUCUGUUUGGAGUAGUUUCACAUUCAGGAAGUCUUAAUAGUGGGCAUUAUGUAGCUUAUAUUAAAACUGUCCAGAAUACCGCAAAUGAUUGGUACAAGCAAAUGCAGAAUCAUUGGACGUUUGAUGCCCAAGAAAGCUAUGAAGAUAAGGUAGAGCGAAAGCUGGAGGAGCUAAAACAAAUACAAAAAUCUGUUCACGUCAUCAGCACUGAAAAUAGGAAUAGCGAUAAACGAUAUACGUAUUCCUUUUCAACACCGGAAAUGGAAAUACGAGACGAAAUAAAAUGGUAUUGCAUCGACGAUAAUAAGGUCGAAUGUUGUAAAACAAAAGAGGCUAUAAAUAACAAAAACGCAUACUUACUUAUGUAUGCGAAGCAAAGACCAGAAUUUUCUUAAACAAGCCUGAAUUGACUCUUAUGUAUAAUCAAUCAUAAUGAAAUUGUUGCUUUUGA